UUUGAUGGCGCUCCAAUAUUCCUUAGCUAUCACCACUUUCCUUCUUCUCCUCUCUUUGGCCUGGCUGUUAAAGUUAUGGAAAAGAUCCAAAGUUGAGAAAUUGCCUCCAGGGCCAUGGAAGUUACCUAUUAUAGGAAACUUGCACAACUUGGUAGGUAAGUCACUACCACACCAUGCUUUAAGAGACCUAGCCUUGAAGCAUGGACCCCUCAUGCACCUAAAAUUGGGUGAAGUUUCUACGCUUUUUGUGUCAUCCCCCAAGAUGGCCAGCGAGCUCAUGAAAACCCAUGACCUUGCCUUUGUGCAAAGGCCACUACUUCUUGCCCCUAAAAUUAUAAGCAAUGGUGGCACUGAUAUUGCCUUUUCUCCAUAUGGAGAGUUCUGGAGACAAAUGAGAAAAGUUUGCGUUUUGGAACUCUUAAGUGCCAAGAGGGUCCAGUCCUUCUCUUCUAUUAGAGAAGAAGAGGUUCACAAUCUCAUUAACUCCAUCCACUCAUCUUCAGGAUCUCUAAUCGAUUUCAGUGAACGUAUUUUUACUUCCACCACAACUGUUUUAUGUAGAGCAGCAUUCGGCAGUAAAUGCGAAGACCAAGAUGAAUUUCUAUCAUUGACCAAGCAAACAGUAGCCUACGCAGGAGGCUUUGAGUUGGCUGAUUUGUACCCUUCACAUAAAUUUGUUCAUUUGAUUAGUCGGACGAAAUCUAAGCUACAGAAGAUUCAUGCGAAGAUGGACAAGAUCCUGGAGAACAUCAUCCGUGAGCACAGGGAGAACCGGAUGAGUGCUUCAUCAGCAAAGACGGAAGAUCUUGUUGACGUCCUUUUAGGCCUUCAGCAGAGUGGUAAAAUGGAGUUGCCAAUCACGACCAACAAUAUCAAGGGCGUCAUUUUUGACAUAUUUACAGGUGGAACUGAUACUUCAUCAACCACCGUAGUGUGGGCUAUGUCAGAAAUGAUGAGAAACCCUAGAGUGCUGGAGAAGGUACAAGCUGAGAUAAGACAAGCCUUCAAAGGGAAGAUAAAAAUCCAUGAGAAAGACCUUCAGAAUCUAAGUUACUUGAAGUCGGUGAUCAAAGAAACUCUGAGGUUACACCCUCCUGCUCCUUUGUUAAUGCCAAGAGAAUGUAGAGAGGCAUGUGAAAUUGAUGGAUAUGAGAUACCUGUCAAAACCCAAGUCUUCGUAAAUGCAUGGGCCAUUGGAAGAGAUCCUGCAUAUUGGCAUGAUGCAGAGAGUUUUAUACCAGAGAGAUUUGAGAGUAGUUCAAUUGACUAUAAAGGGACUAACUUUGAAUUUAUCCCUUUUGGGGCAGGAAGGAGGAUGUGCCCAGGAAUUUUAUUUGGUGUAGCCAAUGUUGAACUUCCUCUUGCUCAACUAUUAUACUGGUUUGAUUGGGAACUCCCAGACAAGAUGAAACCAGAGGAUCUAGACAUGACCGAAGCCUUUGGUGGUGUUGUCGCAAGGAAAAACCACUUGCAUUUGAUUCCCACUUCUUUUAGUCCUUCACUUGCCCUUUAAGGCAUGAUCAGCUAUUAACCAGCUCAUUUAGCAAGAAGAAUAAGACAGUCUAUUUUGGUGAGAAGUAUGCUUAGUUGGCAAGAAUAAAGUAUUUUUCCAUUAAGUAAUUAUGUAAUCUCUAAUUAGGAAAAAUAUGGGGAGAAUAUCCUUCUUCUCCAUGUAAUAUUUUUCCUAAUUAUCCUUGAUUAUCCCAAGAGCUUUGUAAGGGGUACUCUUGGAUAAGAACCAUAUAGUUAUUGAAUAAGAGGCAAGAGCAAGUUUUUUUUGCAUAUUUCAUCUUGUAUGAAAUUUUGGAGGCAUUGGGUUUA